CUCCAGCGUCCAGGGUUUUGGCUCUGGCUCUGGUGAUGUUGAUUUCGAAACUAUGCUCGAUGUUUUGCAUGUGCAGCUUGCGUUGGCUGUCCUGGCGGUUGUUUGGGCAGAUGAGGUCCCAGCAGCAAAUCUUUCAUGCAGCCGGGGAAUUCGGUGCGAAAGCGACGUGACCAACGCCUACGGCUCUUUCAGCUACCGUAUUUUUGUUCUGGGCAAUGUGCGUCAAUACAGCGACGGGCCUCGGCCUGACUACAUCUUCACGCCUAUCUUCAAGACCUUGCUACACGGUUUGAGGAGCCGGGGCAAAGAGUGCGGCUACAUGACAGGCUUUGUGGACAAGGCAAAGCUCAGACAGCUGAAUGCCAGCAAUGGUGACGUGGUGGUCUUUGUAAGCUACAUUGGUGCAACGGACUUUGAACGCAGCUGUCGGAAAAAUGGAUCUCUCGGCUCCCGUGGCGUUUACUGCAUUUUUUACUCCACAGAGUUUGAAUUGAAAACCGGCGCCACCUACAGCAGAGUGGCGGAGAGUGGGAACUUUUGUGAGGUUUGGGAGUACACUAGAGCCAAUCGGCCACACCGACAAGACCAAUCGGUCAGAUACAUCCCACCAGGCUUCAUGCCCGUGAAAGAGGGCCCUGAACGCAAUGACGCACGGGUGCAGAAAGCAAGCCACAGUUUCAACAUCAAUAACAUGACGCUGUUCUUUGAUGGCCAAUGGACCCCAGCGCGGCGACAAUGCUGGGAACAUUUGCAAGAUGUGCCCUACUUCAGGCACUUCCGACAGCACUUUGGAGUGUUCAACGAUGAUGCAUGGGAGCAACUGGUGCUCAAAGGCAGCAAUGUUUUCGUCAAUCUUCACAGGGAGAGGAACUUCACCAAGGAGCAGAAGCCUCUUGAGACUUUUCGAGUCGCCCGAUUUUUGAGCUUGGGCGGCGUGGUCUUGACAGACGAGGUGAACAGCAAGGACGCGGAGCUUUAUGAUGGCAUGAUUCUAAUCGAACCGAAGCUUUGCCACGACCACAGCCUUUGGAGCCCGAUUGUCCGUGAACUCUUCACCAACGAUGUGAAGCUGCGAAUUUGGAAAGCAAAUGCCUACAAGGCAUUUAAGGCCACGUUUAUGCCCCACAAAGUGUUGGCAGAUGCUGGCGUUUGGGGCGGCCUGAGUGUUUGAUAAGUCGAGCAGCUGAGAGCAGGAAGCGUGCAACCAGUCAGGUGUUGUUGAGAACGGCGUGUAAUAGUAACAUUGUGUUCUUCCAUGUUGUGCCCUGAUAUGCCCUGAUGAUGUGCACCGCCCACACUUUUGCUUGUGCUGCCCGAAGAUACUUUCUGGAUUCACGAUCGUAGUCUGGAUUGCAGUUG